AUGAGUUUAAUGAACGAUAUAGAAGAUAUAUUUGACGAUGCAGUAGUGGACUUCCACGGGCAGUUACAUUCCACAGUUGCAAUGUGGGUAAUAACGUCGUUAUUCGGACUGGUGGGCUUCGGAGUAGGAUACUACCUCAAGUCGUUCGCGCACACGGUGAAGUUCAUCUUAGCAGGAACGGGAUUGAGUCUGCUGGUUUGCGCGCUACCCUGGCCCAUUUACGCCAGGCACAAGAUAAAGUGGAAAGAGGAGUCUUCCACCAGACGCUCGCCCAGAUCAUCACCGAGAAAUGAGUAUAAAGGCCAAAGCUAA